AUGCCGUUCCGGGAAAAGGCCAAAUCUCUCUUCCGCACCCGAUCAAAAACCGAAUCCAAUUCCUUAUCGAAAACAUCCAGCAGCGAAAGUCAAAGCACAAUAUCGACGACGACCACCCGAUGGCCAAGCAACGUCUACAAACCAGGCGAGCCUAUGCCUCGCCCGAAAUACCGCGCCAUUCCUAAGAAAGAGCAUAAGGACAAACUCGAUGCCUUCAGCUUCCCCGAGGCCUGGCGCCGACGAAGUUUCCAGAGCCAGUACAGCCCCAUGGGCACUCGUGCGCCCAGCCGUCGAAAUUCCAUUGGAGCCUCCCGUCAGAAUAGCACAUUCUCUCUUAGCAAGAAAAGCGCGAGUCGGACAAAUAGCGUCACGAGCAUCGACACCGAUGAUCUGAGCAGCCGCACUCGUGAGAUGCACAGCGGUGCCGCGAAACCCACUCUUCUAAGCGAUCAGCCCGAGCAAGAAGGCGACGAUGAUGUGGCCAAUGGUGUGCAACCCCCUUCUGUUUUGUUGCAAUAGUUAUUUCAAGCACAAAGCCAGACCAGAGCAGAACCUUUCGAAAACCUCGCCUCGUCCAGAAUACAGCUUUUUGCUGACCAUGUCUUGACAUAAUUUCGCGCUUCGCAGUGGGCAAGAUCGUCUCACCUCCGCGAUCCUCACACGGGCCUCUAUCACAACAAAGGACGCCGACGGUCAUGGUCACUGCGAGCGACGUCCCUCGUCAUGUGCCGUCAACGACGUCGGCGCAUGAUCAUGAACCUUUCACUGAACAUGAUCUCAGUCUGGCUCUCACACGUUCACAUCUGGCUG